AAGCCGCCUCGGUCUUUCCUUCCAGCCGAGGGGAACUGGGGGCUAAGCCAUGAUGCUUUCAGAAAGCCGCCAGCCUGAGCGGGGAGGAAAGCAAGCGCCGACCUGCUUUUGCCCUUCGGUAUAGCAGGAGCUCGGCACCGGCCCUGGUCUUUCCUCCUCCCCGGGCUUCAGGCCGCGCGCGCCGCAAAAGGCUCAGCAAAGGCGCACCAAAAUGGGGAGAGUUGGAGGAAGAUCAGAGGAUGCUGGGAGAUUCUGGACAAGACCCCCAAGGAAGUACAUCAUCACAUAGCACGGUUCGCAAAGAGCCACCAGAGUUGAUGGGAUCUGACGGUUACAAUGGAGGCAACAUCAAACUCAACCACAGAAAACUCAGAUCUUGUGAAGGGAGCUCAUCUAGAGACAGAUGAUUGGUUGGCUUCUCCAGGAACUAUCAGCAAUGCUGAAGAUGAAGCAACUGCGAGGGAGAACAUUCACACGGACACUGAAAAAGAACUAGUAAUGAAAGAUCCACUUGUGCUGAUAACAGAUUGGGAUCCACAGGCUUUACCUAGCCAGGAGGAAGACUCCUUGAGACGCUCACGGUAUAGGUUAGGAGGCUCUGCUGAUAGCAUAUUAUCUUUAACUUCUUCCCAUUCUCUCCUACCUCUUGAAUGGAAAAUUUUGAGAUCUAGUCAGUCAGAGAGCACACUGGCACAUUUUUCUGAUGCCACUCUAGAAAACACAAGAGGAGGACAUAAAAAUUCAUCAGACAAUAACCAAGAUGUUGUUGAUGAUAUAAUUGGAGAUGAAGUUGCUUUCAAAAUAUGUACUCCUAUGCUCAACCAUAAUUUAGGUGCUGCUUACACUGCAGAAAGGACAGCCUUUCCCGUAAUACACAAUGGAUCACCCAGCCCUAAAGAUGCAAACUACUCAAAGAAAACUUCAGAUAGUUCACAGUGCAGACAUAUACUGCACCCAAGAACAGAAAAGUUUCCAGAUGUUGGAAUGCAAGUUAAUCAAGCACAUAACUCAGCAGCUGAUAAAAAAGAUUCAAGUUUGACUAACCAGCUUUGGACAGCUGCUGCAUCAGCAAAUAACUUACAUAAUAUCACCGUGUCAAAUGGUUGGGAAGGCAAUUCUUAUCAUCACAAGUCAACAAUGAAAGGAAGAUGUCCUGCAAUGUCAGAGUUUCUGCUGAAAUCUCCAGAUGAGAACAAACAGGAAUUUCAUCAAGCCAUGAAGAAUGUGCAGGCUAAACAUAAAGUACUGUUGAAAGGACAGAGUCCACAUGCAGAUGAUGGCAAACUUUACGGGAAGGAAAUAGAAUUUAUUAAUGAAGAGCUGUCAACUUGUAGCCUGCCAAAAUUUGAAUGCAUCUCUCCCGGAAUUCUACAGCAACAGAUUGUAAACCUUAAAAGCCAGAUCAACGAUCUUCAAGAAGCCAAUGAGACUGCGGUCUUAGAGCUAGGAAAGGCAGAUGAGGAGAUUUCACAAUUGAAGAAUGAAAUGGCUCAAUUAAAAUCUGAGUAUAUGCAGAAGUUAACAGACUCUAAAGAAGAAAAUCUUAAUCUGAAGAAAAAGAUCAAUAGGAUGCACAGCAGACAUGAUCCAGUAGACACUUAUGAGCAGACCUUGCAUGAAGAGAUUUGUGAGCUAAGAGCUGAGUCCAGGAGACUGAGGGAAAUCAGCCACCAGCUGAACGAGGAAAACCACAGGCUGAAAGAAGAGCUAUGGGAUGUAAAGAGGAAAUAUGAAUGGCUCAUGCAUACAGUUGCUGGCAAACAGGAUGAAAAGAUUCAAGAACGUUCUAGGAAAAAUGCUUCUUCGCCAUCAUCUAUCAAUAGUGAAUCUACAGAAUUUCUGAUUUCUGGAUACUGUGACACAGGGCUAGCAAAAGAAAACAGAGACUUAAAAGAUGAUGCAUCUGAAGAGGUCACAAAGGCGAGCAGCAGCAACUUUCUUUGUAUUACUCAACACAAUCAAACAACAAGUCAUGAGAACUAUGAUCAAAACAUCUCAAGUUCAUCUUCGAGUGGUAUCUCUCAAGUGGAUACUUGCAAUAAAUAUUAUCCAAACAGGAUUCGUCUAGAUAAGGCAGCACUAUCAAGACGACCAUUUGCACCCAGGAGUGUUACAGACUUGAAAGUUGGAAACCUAGUGAAAUUUUCAUGCCCAGCAGGGAAAAUCAGCAAGGGAACUGUUAAGUAUUUGGGACCACUUUUGGGGAGAGAAGAGGACUACCUUGGAAUAGAGCUGGAAGGCGAUCAAAUAGGGAGGCAUGAUGGAACUUUUCAAGGAGCACGCUACUUUCUUUGUGCACCCAACAAAGGAGUUUUUGUUAACUUCAGCAAAAUCAUUAUUGCCUGGGAAUAACGAUUCCACUGCAUCCUGAACAAUGAAUGCAUGGACUUUAAAGCCUUCCGAUAUAUUGUGCUUCUGCUGCAAAGAAGAAACAAAGUGUUUAGAACUCUGUUCAUCGGUGUAUUUUCUUCCAUUUUUAUCAAGUUGUAUUUGAGCAUUUUCUAGUAUUGUAUUUUUUUGUAAAAAUAAAACUAGUUGUACUAUUACUGAAAAUGCAAACAGCAAACAUCUAGACUCAAGUCAUAAUAGGUAUGAAUUCCCCCAGUGAACUGAUUUAAAACAGUUUAUUUUCGUUCCCAUGUAGGGCAUUCAAACUUAUGAUUGCUUACAUAUUUUUACAGAGAAUGGAAACACAUGAACAAAGUGGUACACAAAUACAGCUGGAGUGUUUUCCAUGAUUUUCCAUUAGGAAAAAUAUGCAAUCAUAACUGCAGAUAUAGAUGCUCCUGCUCCCGCCACCCCCACUUAAAAAAAAUGUACGUGAAGGCAUGGCUAGGAUAGCCUCUGUGUACAAGCAGCAGCCCAGGAUAGCAAAUGAGCCCAGGAUAGCAAAAAAUCUGGAUUCUUCCACCAUUCAAAAAUAGCUACGACAGAUUAAUACAGCUAUCCCUCUGAAAAUUAGAGAAAUGCUUAUCACAAACUUGCUGAAUUGAAUCUACCAUGGUUGGGAGCACAUUUGUAAACAACUUCUCCCUCUUUGGGUUCACAGUACUGGUGCAUGAAAAUCAAUUUUAGCUAGUUUUCAAGCACUUUUAAAUCAACUGUACCAUUUCACCAGUCAUAACAGAGUGCCUGGGAAGAGUUGGAACCCUUUCCUGAUAGCAGUAGUAAUAGAGAAGUCCAUCUAAGUAUGAAG